AUGUACACGGGUAACAUUACAACUUAUACUAGAGUAUGGGACUCGUUCAUGGAGUCUAUGAUCACACGUGUCGGCCUAUCUCGAUCUCGGUACUUGGCUGAUGUAUCUCCUCGGAUAGGUGAAAGACUUGAUGACAAUAUAUACGUGAUGAUGCAGUGUAUUCCAGGGAUAUCCACUGACCAGUGUGAAGCUUGUCUUCAAGAAAACGUGCGUUCAUACAAGAGAUGCUGCAAUGGGUUUAUAGGUGGAAGCGUUGGCAAGCCGGUGUGCUAUUUCCGGUGGGAUGGUUAUGCAUAUCUUGAUGCCUUUGAUGCCUUCAACGACACGCAUUCUCGACCUACUCCUACUCCUCCUCCUCCUCCUCCUCCUCCUUUUCCUGCUCCUCCUCCUCCUCCUCAAGAUGGACAAAAAAUUGCUACAGGAGCUAUUGUGGCCAUUGCUGUUUCCUCGGUUAUAUUCAUGGUGAGCUUCUAA